AUGGCUUCUGAAGAAGCACCGUUAAAAACUAAAGAUAUAAAAAAGAAAACUUUGAGAGAAAGAAUAGCUGAUAUACGUGAAAAUAUUACUUUAGAACCAGUGUUGAUAACUUAUGUCAUCCCUGGAUCGCUAUCACGCCUUGCAACACAGAAUCUAAAUCUAGACAAGGCAUGUCGAGUCAAUCUAAAUUUUGGCGAUGAUGUUUGCAAUGCACUCAUUGCACGAGAAGGGUCAUAUCAAACAGAAGAGCUUGAAGUACAAAGAUUGGUGUCUUCUAUGGAAGUUUGGAAGAACAUACUUUUAACAGCCAUACCGAGUUUCUUAAUAUUGUUCUUGGGCGCAUGGAGUGAUAGAACGGGGAAGAGGAAAAUAUGUGUUCUAAUGCCAAUAGUAGGAGAUUUACUCAUGUGCUUAAGUAAUAUAGUGAACACGUACUACUUCUACGAAUUACCAGUUCAAGUAACGAUGUUUUUUGAAGCUUUCUUCCCAGCGAUAACCGGAGGAUGGAUUGCGACUUAUAUGGGUGCAUUUAGCUAUAUCAGUGAAAUAUCUAGCGAAGAAACGAGAACUUUUAGAGUUGGUGUAGCGAAUUUAUGUCUCACAGCUGGGUCUCCUAUUGGCCAUGCAUUAAGUGGUUUAUUAUUGAAACACUUUGGAUAUUAUGGAGUAUUCUCAUUCAGUUCACUGCUUUACGUGUUCAGUCUGUGUCAUGGAUUCUUUUAUAUGAAGGAUCCGGAACGAUCUAAAACGGAAAAAUCUAAUGAGGAAACUGGUAUAUGUGAAUUUCUUAAAUCGUUUUUCGAUUUGAAUCACGUAAAAGAUACACUAAAGGUGGUUUUCAAAAAAGGAACAAAUCGUAGAAGAACUAAAUCGAUAUUAAUUCUGGCAUCUAUUGCCUUUGUUUAUGGGCCGCAAUAUGGAGAGUUUACGGUGAAAUAUUUGUUCACUCGCUACCGAUUUAACUGGGAUGCAAUUAAAUACAGUUUCUACAAUACAUUCUACAUUUGCCUUCAUACAUUUGGUGCCUUUGUGUCCGUAAGCCUUUUCAGCCGGAGAUGGAAGUGGAGUGAUGCGACUCUCGGUAUUAUUUCAUGUGUUAGUAAAUUAAUAGGUGGUAUAGCGACAAGUCAAGCGAGAAAUACAAUGGAGAUGUAUCUUGCUGUCGCAGUUGAAACAUUUAAUGCAACCUCAUUCACAGCAUUGAGAUCCAUUUCGUCGAAACUAGUGAAUAGUGAUGAGUUAGGAAAAAUGACUUCUAUUUUCAAUCUAUCAGAGGUAGUCACCUCGAUGCUAUUUGGACCUAUGUAUUCAAUGAUUUACACUAUGACUGUGAAACUCGACGCUAGCAUUGUGUACUAUUUUAGUACUGUGCUAACUGUACCUGCCAUAGCAAUAUUUGUGUGGUUUUAUGCCCGAAACAAAAAGGACAUGAAAAGAGAGAUUAAUAUGGAGAGUCAAAAAGAUGUUCUGGAAAUGGCUGAAUGUGGAAGAAAGGAAUCGUUAAUUGGCAGUAUAGACUUAGCUGAUGGAAAAAUUAUUUAG